AUGUCUGGUCUCUUUGCUCGUCAAGCCUGGGCUUCAGCCUCCAAGCUCCGAUCUUCAGCUCUACAAGCUCCCAAGGCUGCUUUCACCUGCAGGGUCAACAGCGCUGUUCCUCGACGAUGCUUCUCAGUUUCCAUGAACCUCCUCGCGAGGAAAUACACAGAGAGCCACGAGUGGGUUGACGUAGCCGCCGAUGGCAAGACCUGCACAAUUGGCAUCUCCAAAUACGCCGCCGAGGCUCUCGGCGACGUUGUCUACGUUGAGCUCCCAGGCACAGGCGAGGAGGCCACCGAGGGCGAGUCCUUCGGCAGCGUCGAGUCUGUCAAGUCUGCCUCUGACAUCAACUCUCCCGUGACGGGUUCUGUCGUCGAGGUCAACGACCCUAUCGUUGAGACACCUGCCGAUCUUGGAAAGGACCCUGAGGGCGAGGGCUGGCUUAUCAAGGUCGAGGCUGAGGAUGUGUCUGCUCUGGAUUCGUUGAUGGAUGAGACUGCUUAUGCUAAGCACCUCGAGGAGAACCACUAA